AUGAGUGUGGCUGCAAAUUUUCCCGCGAAUGCAAGAGAAUGUUUAGAUCCUCUAGCAUACUACAUUGAGGAACCUGAAGAUGUUAAUGACUCAAUUCUUGAUGACCAAGAACCAACUCAUAUAGGAAACGAUGAUGAUGCUAAGAAUUCUCAGUUCAUCACCUUAUCUAAGGAUUCAAUACCAGAGGUAGAAAAACAUGAGAAAUCUGCAAAAAGGAAAAACAAAAAAACCGGUAUUAUGGAAGAUGCGAUUGUUGAUUGGAAGACUAUUAGAAACACGUACAGAAAAGAAGGAUCUCGACACAAAAUGCAUAUGGACUCUGUGAAUUGGAAUGAUGUGAGAUUAUCUGGCGAGAAAUUUUUUAAAAACAUCAUCAGAUCACGAGGGCUAUUCAGGAUUCUUUCAGGAAGAAUUAUGAAAUUUCUCAACGAUGAAGUUAAACAAAAUGGAACUAUUGAUCUUGAAUGGCUCCGAGAUGCUCCAUCAGAUCUAGUGAAGAGAUAUCUAUUGGAUAUUGAAGGGAUAGGAAUAAAGAGUGCUGAAUGUGUACGACUGUUAGAAAUUAAACAUUCUGCAUUUCCGGUUGACACAAAUGUUGGUCGUAUAGCAGUUAGACUUGGUUGGGUUCCUCUUGAACCUUUACCAAAUGGAAUUCAAAUGCAUCAACUAUCCCAGUACCCUUCAAAUGAUUCGAUUCAACAAUACCUUUGGCCACGACUAUGUAAACUUCCUCAAGAAACUCUGUAUGAACUACAUUAUCAGAUGAUAACAUUUGGAAAGGUUUUCUGCACAAAGUCUAUUCCUAACUGUAAUGCGUGUCCAAUGAAGUCCGAAUGCAAAUAUUUUGCAAGUGCAUAUGUCAGUUCUAAGGUUCUUCUCGAAGGUCCAGAAGAGAAGACGCAUGAUGAGCCUGAUACUUUUAAACAUGCAUGUUCUCAAGAUGUCGACGUUAACAUGACAUCAAAUAUAAAUCUGAUAGAGGAAUGUGCUUCUCCCAGAUGUAGCGAGCAAGAUAUAUGUUUUAAGCCAUUGGUUGAGUUUCCUUCUUCUCCAAGACCGGAGAUUCCCGAGUUAGUAGACAUUGAAGAUUUUCCAUGCAGAAAUACUUAUCAGCCAUAUGCUAGAAUUCCUGAAAUUGAUAUUGACUUGGAUGCAUUGAAGAAAAAUGUAGUGGAUGCACUUGUAGAAGGUGGAAAGUUAUUGAGCAGGUCUGAUGAAGAAAUAUCAAAAGCAAUAGUACUUCUCACCCCUGAAGAUGCAUGCAUUCCAAUCAAACCACCUCGAAAAAUCAAGUAUUAUGGUCGACUAAGAACUGAGCAUGUGGUGUAA